GGUUGUGAGCACGCUGCUUGUAGGUGGGAGGAGUAGCGCCCCAUUCAAACUACUUUUGUAAACAAAAUUGUCUUAAUCCGUAUAAUUUGUGAUACUUUGACGAGUACUGCGUUGAUCUGCUUCCUUCGUCGAGGUACGCUCGCUCGGUUUCUAUGGUUAUUUGAUUUGGCUCCGUUAGAGGACCGACUACGUUAGUUGGGCUUUGGGAGACGCAGCGAAGAAGCCAUUUUUUUUUUAAUUUGGCCACUUUUCUGCUUUGUGGUGGAAAGGCAGGCUGCUCGUCGGUAAGGGCUGGUUUAAUCCAGUAGUGUGUUUGUUGGAGGUGUCUGAGGACAACUCGGUCGAUAGGCACCAGUUGAAGAAAGAGGGUUCGUGUUUUUUGUGGACUUUUGAGGUAAAUUGUGUAGCUAGCCGAGUGGCUAGCGCGCUAACGGCUAUUCACGAGUCCGCGAGCCACGGCGGCUGUUCGCACUUCAGCCCGUAAACCUGUUAGCUAAAGGUAGCUAAUUAUCGCUUGUUAGAUAUGUUUUGCUCGCUUUUUGGUGCCUGACUUGCCAGCCUGCUGUGUUGGCUGGUGUGUUAUCACCGUUAACGUGACAGUUUUUUUUUUCGUUUGCGUUUUAUCGCAUUUUUGAAACUUGGGAAAGGUCGAGAGAUUUUCCCGACAAAAUGAGUUUCGGCUGUCGGCGGCAUGCCGAGUUUUCCCCGAACCUUCGACCUAUUCGCCAGAAGUUGCAGUUUUCUAACAGCGACGGGGAGGAGGACAGUGUCGAGGAGGCCAACAGCAGCACCGGGGCUGAGUCGGGUUUUACGGAGUUGGACUCUCCGGUUCUCCACCGAAGCAGCACGGACAAGAGACAAGAGGAGCUGAACAGCAGCCCCCUGGGCCGACACAGGGAGGACGACGAUGCGGAGUCUUGGGACGAGGAAGGCUUUGGUUCUCCGUCUCAUCUCAAACCAACUUUCUGCGCGAAGAACUCUCCAUCGCCAAGAAAAAGCCCCCGGACUUACGACAGUUCUCCGGAGAGGACAUAUAUUCACGAUGAUGUGGAGGGCUCGAGCUCUCCCAUUCCGGACUGUCCUGAUACACCGCCCCAUAAAACUUUCAGAAAGCUCCGUCUGUUCGAUACGCCGCACACCCCAAAGAGUUUACUGUCGAAAGCGAGGACAUCGGCUUCUACGAACAGACGGGUGGCCCUUUUCAAGAAUGUGGAUUCCAAAGGAAAGGCCAGUCUCGACGGACGGCGAAACCAAACACCUUUAGUCAACAUUAACCCCUUCACCCCUGACUCGAUCGUCAUCCAGUCAUCAACGCAACAAAGGAACAACAGGAAACGCUCACACUGGAAUGACUCUUGUGGAGAGGACAUGGACGCAAGUGAUGCUGAGAUUGAGGAUGACGUUCUUCCACCAUCAAAGAGGCUUACAAUGAUGGAGAGUAACAUGAUGUCCAGAUAUGCGUCAGAAUUCCAUGAGCUGGAGAAGAUUGGUUCAGGACAGUUUGGGGCUGUCUUCAAAUGUGUUAAAAGAUUAGAUGGAUGCAUCUAUGCCAUCAAGCGUUCCAAGAAGCCUUUGGCAGGAUCUGUGGAUGAGCAAAAUGCACUUCGAGAAGUCUAUGCACAUGCUGUUCUUGGGCAGCACCCUCAUGUGGUGAGGUAUUAUUCUGCCUGGGCCGAGGAUGACCACAUGCUGAUCCAGAACGAGUACUGCAACGGCGGCACGCUGUCGGAUGUGAUCACUGAGAACUACAGACGCAUGCACUUUCUGUCCGAGUUGGAGCUGAAGGAUCUACUACUGCAGGUCUCUCGUGGGCUCAAGUACAUCCAUUCCAUGGCACUUGUGCACAUGGACAUUAAGCCAAGCAAUAUAUUCAUUUCACGGAGACCUACAGUGAAUGUUGAGGAGUUUGAAGAUGAUGAAGAUGGGCCAAGUACUAGUGUGGUUUACAAAAUAGGUGACCUAGGCCAUGUGACCAGGGUGACCAAUCCCCAAGUUGAGGAGGGUGACAGCAGAUACUUGGCUAAUGAAGUUCUUCAGGAGGACUAUACUAACUUGACAAAGGCAGACAUAUUUGCUCUGGCUCUGACUGUUGUCAGUGCCUCUGGAGCUGAGCCUCUGCCUAGCAAUGGGGAGAAAUGGCACCAAAUUCGGCAGGGGAUACUGCCCCAUAUCCCACAAGUGCUUUCUCAGGACUUUUUAAGCUUGCUGAAGCUUAUGAUCCAUCCUGACCCUACACGAAGGCCGUCGACCUCUGACCUCAUCAGGCACCCUGUUUUGCUAACAGCUUCCAGAAUGAGUGCUGAUCAGCUGCGUGUGGAACUGAAUGCAGAGAGAUUCAAGAAUGCCCUCCUCCAAAAGGAGCUGAAAAAAGCUCAACUUGCCAAAGCUGCAGCAGAGGAGAGAGUUCUGUCCACAGACAGAGUCCUGACGCGUUCCACAGUCCAGUCUGGUUCCAGAAGUUCUCGGCUCAUUGGGAAAAAGAUGAACCGCUCUCUCAGUCUGACCAUUUACUGAACUUUCAAAUGAAAGAAGCCCCCCCCCCCCCCGAGAGAAACAAUGGUGCUGUAUCAUGGAUUUCACAAGGAGGCAGUUUUAACAGUUACUGGGUAGACAGUUUUCCCAAAACUUUUAGUGCUUAUACUGUUUUGAUGCAUUUUCACAUGAACAGAAACUCUUGGAAAGCCGUCUCUUUGCAUCAGUCUUUAUUGGGCAUAGACUUUUUGCAUGCUCAAGUUACAAUUUCAGUCUCGCAAAUGUUUCAGUGUAGUAAUUUCUUAAGGUAGAGAAACUUCAUUUCCAUGGUCACAUUUUUUUAUCUUUAUCUCUGCUACAAGUUCAACAGAAGAGGAUCUGCACUUCUAACUAGUCUGUGAUGUUACUCAGAUGUGGAGGAGGCUGUGAACCCCAGUAAAGCCUUGAUUUGUGAAUGUUCCAGACCUAAACCUUGUGCACCUUACUGCCUGUGAAAAAUGCCUGGUGUUGAACAAUGAAAGCUCGGACCCUGUAUGUAUAUUGCCAUUAAAUCGAGCACUUUGGAGGCAAUGGGGACCUUGCCAGAAGUUUUGCUGCUAUUCAUGUUUGUCUAUUUCCAGUUAUGGUUGGAAGACUUGAUCCCAUUAUUUUAACAUGGGUCAACUUCCACCUCAGUCAUUGCUUGUUUUUGCUAUCCAAUCAGUCGCCUCAAGUGCAUUGUUUUGAAGGUGAUCUAGUAUCUUUUUUACAGAGAUGUCCUGAAUUUGGCUCUGUAUCUUUAAGAAAACCACAGAGGAAAACUGAAGUGUUGAUCAUGUGAACGUGGGGUUGGGCUCAAUUUGAAAUACUCAGCAAAUUAAGCUAAAUUUAUAACAGUAUGUCAAGACGUAUUGCGUUGCUUAAACUGGAAGCAAACCCAUGCCUUAAAAGCAUGUUUCCCUUCAUUCUCCAACCGUAUUUGUAGCAUUAAUGGAACAAAUUGCUGUUCUUUUAUAUUUUGAUGUCCUUAUCAGUUAACAGGUAAUGAUUGUAUUGCAUGUUUUGCCAAUGCAGCAUCAUUAUUAGGGUACUGCUCUCCCUCAUCGAUCCUGUAAAAUCACAGAACAAUGUUUUUUCUUGUAAAUAUGUUCUUUUAAUAAAGUCCAGUUAUGUUGGAUGUUGCA